AUGAGUGAACACCAGCUAAAGAAAGAAGAAUUUACUGAGCAAGUAAGGAAUGUGUCAAGGCUGAUCUUACAUGAGAACUACAAUAAGAAAACUGUUGACAAUGACAUUGCGCUGCUAAAACUCGAUGUUCCUGUGGUUCUGGAUGAUUAUACAGUCCCUGUCUGUUUACCUGAGCACCGUUUUGCUUUGUUCGAGCUGAGGCAAAUCCGAUACUCCAUAGUGAGUGGCUGGGGGAGGCGCUUGGAGUCUGGGACAGUCGCCUACACGCUACAGAAACUCCAAGUACCACUGGUUCGGACAUCUGUGUGCCGUCUGACUACUGAUCAUAACAUUACUGAAAACAUGUUCUGUGCAGGUUACAAGAAUGCACUGAAAGACUCCUGUAAAGGAGAUAGCGGAGGACCUCAUGUCACACAGUACAAGGGCAGUUGGUUUUUAACAGGAAUUGUAAGCUGGGGUGAAGGGUGUGCCCGGGAGGGAAAAUAUGGAAUUUAUACUAAAGUUUACAAGUACUUGGAAUGGAUAAGGCAGAAUAUGAAUCAGGACAGCCCAACAAUCAGCCCAGGUAUUUCAGAAAACCAAACUGAAUCUAUGAAACUAAUGGCAAAUAUUUCUCAUGUAUAA